UCGUCUGCUGCUGUCCUUGUUUACAUUUUUGAGGAAACUUGUCUCAGUUUUUUUAAUAAACUGGAAACAAAUUAAUAAAUCAUUAAAUUAAUGAGAUAAUUUGGUCUCUAGUCGAUUAAGAUAACUUCUGAUGGAUCAGUAGGACAAACUUGUAGAUUUUUUGCUGAAAUGUUGGAAAGACUAGUUGCAUGGUUUUGCAACAACUACUUGGGACGGUAUCUUGAAAAUUUAAAUACUGAUCAACUCUCCGUUGCGCUUUUACAAGGAGAGGUUGAGCUAGAAAAUGUCCCACUAAAACGGGAUAUACUAGAUCAACUUGGCCUACCCCUUCAAAUCCAUGCUGGAUUUGUUGGUAAAAUUAGUUUUCAGAUACCUCUGAGAAAAAUAAGGAGUGAGCCAUGGGUUAUAUCCUUUGAGCAACUGUAUUUGGUUGCUGGCCCAAAGGAUAAAAACGAACCUUACAAUGAAGAAUCAGAGGAAAAUGGAGCUCUGGAGCGCAAGAUGGCUGCUCUAGAUUUGAUGGAAGCUGAAUGGAGAUCAGAGAAUGACCCUCAAGGGUUAUCAUCAUCAUCCCUGUACUCGUUGACUUAUUCAUCUUGGCUCAGCUAUGGAGCAAGUCUUGUCACCAAUAUUGUUCAAAACAUUCAGUUGAGAAUCAAAGACAUACACAUCCGAUAUGAAGAUGGUAUAUCCUGUCCAGGAAAAGUAUUUGCGUGUGGGGUACGCGUUGAUUCGCUCACCGCUCAGACGUGUGAUGAAAGCUGGGUACCGAAAUUCAUGCCAGCAACAAGUCAGGGGCUUAUGUAUAAACUACUGGAACUUGACGGGUUGGCGGUGUAUUGGGAUACAAACACCGAGCUCUUUGCAAAUCUACCACUGGAUGUUUUAUCUAGCAAGUUAAUGCAACCUUGCUCCAUCGAAAGAAAUGAAUUUCUCUUGGCCCCUGUCAGUGGUUAUGCACAUUUGAAGCGGAACUGUAAUGUCAAACCUCUUCGGUCACUCAACCAGCCUCGUGUAGCAUGUGAUUUCCAGCUAGACCGAGUCAAUAUUGAGAUUCGGGACGUUCAGUAUCACCAAUUGGUUCAGUGUUGCAGGUCUCUUGAGUUGUUGGCUCGUGGUCUCCAGUUCCGUCGCUGGCGCGUAGACAGUGAAGUUCAAUCACAUCCCCAUCCCCGGCGUCAAUGGAGAUUCUCCGUGAAUUGCAUUAUUGCUGAAAUUCGGAAAAAGAAUCAGUCUCGAAAUUGGCCAUUUGUAAUUCGUCGCGCCAAAGAAAUAGUACUCUAUGUUCAAUCUUUUAAGGAACAUUUGCUUAAUCCAAUUGGGAUGACAGCAGAAUCAAAACUGCAACGUGAAAGAAUUGAAUCAGAGCUUGAGUUACAAGAACUACAAGUACUGCGAUCAAUUGCCAUGCAGCAAAUCGCCAAAUCGCAAUCGAAAAAUGAAUCGGUCUUCAAUGUUGCCGCAACAGGAAAUUCAUCAUUAUUUCAGCGUUGGUUCUCCUCCUGGUGGUCGGCAGAGGAAAGUACCAAUGGAAAUGAACAAUCUGCCAACGAAGACAGAGUUGAACACGAGAUCCUUGAAACAUUAGAAGAUGCGAUGAGAGAUAAUACAGUUCGCCAGCGAGAUAUUCUACCACUCCAAUUCAGUUCAACUUUGAAACAAGGCUUGAUACGCUUGUCCACCUGUCACAGAACUGAAACAGGUCAAUCUUGGAGUACUCUUCUAGAAAUAGAGUUUGAUAACGUUUUACAAGAAUGGGAGUCAAGACCAAGACUGAAAUCAAAUAAAUUCCAUCUCAGUCUGGGGAAUGUGUGGGUUCGCGAUUGUUCCACCGCGGCUUCACUUUUCCCGCUAAUCGUCUCUCCGCAAAGAAAAGAUGCGCGACCUUUCAAGUCUUUUGCCGGAAUGGGUUCACUUCUACCUGGAUUUAACCUGCCGUUCUUUCGCAGCAGUCCGUCAAGUCCAAAUUUGAACGUUUCACAAGAUGAAGCGCCACUUUUUGAUUUCGUUUAUGAAAGGCAUCCCCCCGGUAGUAAUUGGGAUCACCGAUUGAAAAUAACGUCUUUGGCCAUCGAAUGUGUUUACAAUCACAGUUUGUUUCAAAAAAUCAUUGAACUCUAUUCCGUACCACAUAACACGACGGAGGAGAGGUCAGUAUUAGGCCAACGACUACGCCAGGCGGCACUGUCGGGCUUUGAAGCCGUCAAGCAAAAAACGAAAGAAAGUUUAACUCAGUCGCUAACGCCCUCAUCCGUGAAUUUACCAUCAAAGCAACAGUCCUGGGACUUACUAAUUAACAUUUCUGCGCCCCAUAUUCUUAUACCAGAAUCGGUUGUGAGUCGCGAUUCGCUUCUUAUGAUCAUAGAUUUUGGCCACUUUCAUGUGACGCGCAGUAUUGUCAAUUGUAUUGCUGCCGAAUUAGAAACGACAACUCGAAAUGGCAAUGAAGACGAUGACGACGAACAAUACAUCACCCCUUGUUCGACGCCUCCCAAUGAAUCAGCUGUAACUACACCCCUUGACGACGCCCACGACAUGAAUAGCUUUAUGAGUGGCAACAAGGAAUGCAACGAUCUGUCGGACAAGUACAACGUACACUUCUCUGAUCUGCAACUGCUUGUAUGUCGCGUCAAAGACAACUGGAAACAAGCGCACUUAAAAGGAACAUCUGCUCUCCAUUUAUUGGAUCGGUUUUCUAUUUUGAUCCACGUAGAAAAAUACGGACGUCUCGUACCUGGCUUGGGAAAACCGUUUCUGACUCUAACAGCAUCUCUUCCUCAUCUCGUGGCUCAUAUCAACGAGCCAAAGAUCCACGCUCUUCUUUCUGUGUCCAAGCAAUUCCGUUCCAACGUUGUACCCACUCCUGUUUACGAGACAGCCUCAGAAGAUGGUGAUACCGACGAAACGGAUGCAUCUUUGGCUGAAACGGAAAAGUCGGAAGAACAUUGGUUCAUGGCUCAAUUCAAUAUUGAGCAGCUUUCAGUGGAGGUACAAUCAAGAGGACGAAGCGUGGCUGAAUUGCAAGUGGGUGGAGUUCAGGCCAGUUAUUCAAUGCGACCAACAGAUAGUUCCGUCCACCUUGCCGUUCAUAGCUUGUUACUAGUAGAUGCGAUGCAAACGCUGGGCUCGGAUUACGAACUGUUGAUUGCCAGUCACAAACAUGUCAGUAUGGAUAGCAUGAGUGGAAGUCUAAAAGAGAGUGAGCCGACAUCACCGGUCUCUCCAUCAUCACCAGACCCUUCGUCCCAUAAAGGACAGCGAGCCACAUCACCGGUGUCAUUAGCGCAAGCAUUAACAUCGCUGCAAACGGAUCCGUCUUGGCGAAAAGAUGGUUUGUCACCACCAAUGGCACGUCACCGAAUGGCAACAUCGGCAUUGAAAUCCGAAGCGCUGAUCUUAAUAGACAUUGUGACGGUGGAACCGACAUGGGUCGAUGGUAAAGCCGAAGGUCGCAUUCGAAUCAUCAAAGUCCACUUCAAUUCGUUAGAUGUUAUAGCGAACCAAGAUACGGUUGUGGAACUGGCCAGUUUUUUCCAGCGCGUCAUGCCCAAAAAAACAAUGCCCUCUAAUCCUGACGAAUCAAACUUCUCUACCGGCCUACCUUCGAAUCAUUCACGAUUCCCACCUUUCGCUCUUGUUCCAGACGGAAGCACGGAUAUUACGUUCGAUUUCCAUCGUCUCACUAUCCUACUUCUUCGGUCAGUGGUCAAAGAGGAAAUGCUGAUCGGCCGUAAAGUAGCCACACUCACUGUCACCGAAGCCCACAUAAGUGGUAAUUUAGCCUCCGACGUCCUUGUCCAAGGAUCCUUGGGCGGACUUCAGGUACUGGACUUGACACCGGAAGGGCAGAAACACCAACGAGUCGUCAGCGUAGGUCAUGAUCCACUAGUCGAGCAGCAUCAGAAUCUUUACAUGCUGGUCAGCCAAGGACUUUAUGACACGACCAAGGACAAAAAUGAAGUCAAAGCGUUUAGUUUCAAAUUCCUCCAGCCUGGAUUGGAGGCCCCCGGUGAAGAAGAAGAAGGAUACAAACUGAGUCUCGAAAUUCGAAUGGCUUCUUUGUGUUACAGCCAUUCGGUUCAUUUUCUUGCAGAAGUUGCUGCCUGCGUAAGCGAAUUCAAACAGUCCGUUUCUAAUAUGGCCAUGUCUCUGAAGUUAACAGCGGCUGAAAUGGCUGUUGAUUUGCUACACCGUGGAACGGAGGGUUUAGCCCAAAGCAUUUACAUCAGUGGUUCCACAUCCGUGACUGAAGGCCUUAGUCUUAACGCCAUGAAAGAGGCUAAUGACGAAGAGCAGCCAUCACCACCGUCCAGAGUUCGUCUCAGCGCUUUACUGGAAAGUCCGAUUUUGGUCUUGCCCAAAUCCGCCAAGAGCCCUCAAGUGUUAGUGGCACACUUGGGUCAAAUUGAAAUUUCAAAUGACAUAAAGGUUGAAACAGAGCAUCCGUCACAGUUGUCCGAAGAACUUUCUGGUGGGACGCACAAGGAGCAUUUCGAAGUUGAAGUGCGUGAUAUGAGCUUGUAUUCAUUAAAUGUUGACGAAAAGUGGAAGAGUUCCUUUAGCCAUUUCUACACGGGGCCAUCGGCUUUUUUACGCAUUACUGCCCAGGAGCUUUACAGUUGCGCUAGUCCACAUGGUCGGCCCAUUUUACACGACACUUUGUUGAAAUUCUCUCUUCACCGCAUAGUCGAUCGACCCAUUCUCAGUGAUGCCGAUCCUUUCCUUUUCCCGCUGACAGAUUUCUAUCCAAAACUGGAAGUCUGCGACGUCUUUCAAGUUCACGGAUGUGUUGUCUCUCCUCUACAAGUGUCGCUUUCCAAAGAUCAAUACCAGCAGAUAAUCCAAUCACUGGACAAUCUCAACUGGAACAAGGUCGAUGCGUCCAGUAAUUUCGAAGCUGGGCCAGAUCCUUCUACAAAAAAUCGUGCACCUGCACGAGUCAAACAGCGGGAACUUAUCCUCAAUUUGAAGUUCCAAUUGCCAAGGUUUUCUAUGCAGCUACUGGACAAUUCAAAUCGAGCUAUUGUCAGUCUUUCCUUCGAAGAUUUCUUGGUAGCCUAUGAGCAAAAUUGCACCUUCUCUGCUACAGUACAAACGUCUUUGAAGUCUUUGAUUCUGGAAGAUCUAAUGGUGAAAGAAGAUUCCAAGUAUCGACGACUGGUAGCCUCGAAUGAUCGCCAAUCGGAUAAGAUAGCCGGAAGACUCAACUUGAGUUCCUUUAUGUCAUCUUCCUGUCCUGACUUGCGUGCUCAAGGACUGUACAAUCCUGGAUCACGAUCCUUACCAGCCAGAUUAGAAUCCGAUAAAUCCCAAUGGAAGUCAAGCGUCCGUGCCAAGGCUCCACAGAAGAAGCCCAUUGCAAAGUGCCCAAGCACACCACCGUCAUCGUCGUCCAUGAUGUACCAUCAGCGUUUUACACGAUCCGGAGUUGGCGACAAUAAUUUGGUUUUCAUUAAAAUCCUCUUAGUUGAUCCUGAUAGUCCAGAUUUUGCUCUCAAAUAUAACAGCACGCAUCGUUUUAUUGAGAUCAACUUCAACGCACUCGACGUGAUUAUCAACCUGGAAUCGUGGGUCAUGGUGCUGGACUUUUUUGGUACAAGCACGACCAAAGUUAGUCGGCAGCAAAAGAAAAAAGUUGCCGCUUCUUCCCCUGGCUAUCAAGAUUGGUCAAAAAUGGCUAAUGCUCAUACUGUGAAUGCGCGUUGGGAAGUCGAAGUCCGCUCGUUUAGCCUUCUACUCAACCGGAAGGACUAUGAAGUAGCAGAAGCUACCAUAUCCAACUUGACAUGGGAGAUGGCGUCGAUGCGUGGCAAUUUAGACGUUACUGGAAAGUUAGGCAGUAUUACUGUGCAAGAUUUGACAUCAGCCGGGAAAAUGUACCGCGAACGCUUCAUUACUUCAGGGAACGAGGCAUUGGAUUUCCAAUUCUUUUGUUUCAGUGCUGACGAUCCGCAACUUGCCCGUGAUUACGACAUCAGGUUGAAUCUAAACAUGGCCUCCGUCUUGUACGUCCAUACCCAACGGUUCUACACGGAGUGUUUUUCAAUGCUUGAACAAUUCCAAGAACUACGUCGAGUAGCAGGCACUUUCGGCGCAACCGGGCAGAGCGGCGCCGCAAAUGUCUCUCGAAAACCCUGGCGCCAUGGAACACGCAUCUUGUUAAACGUUGAAGCCGGUUCACCGGUUAUUCUUGUCCCAAUUUGUUCCACAUCGGAACAUUUAUUGGUGAUUGAUCUCGGUAGAAUAUCUGUUUCGAACAAGUUCGUGGUGACUGAUGGAUCCGUCUGCGUGCCAACGAUUAACAAAUCACGCAAAGCCGGACUUAAAGGCUUGCCGGUUGUGCCCAUUACCGCCAAUCCAGAAACCGUUCUGGUUGAUGUCAUUCAAGUGGAAUUAUCCAACAUGGAUCUGUGUACGGGCCAACGGCAGAAAGCUAAUCGUUCGCAAGUUGGUGAUCUGAUUCUAGGCUCUUAUCUAAUCCGACGGAGUGGCCAGUCCCUCCUCAAAGAUACCUGUGAGAUGAAACUGGAAGUUCGACGCAACUUGGAUUCACAUCUAAAACAUCCCGUUCCUGAUAUGGAUCUCUGUGGGUUGCUCUCCACCGUACAAUGUUCUGUCGAUGAACAUCAGUACAAAUUAGUUCGAGGCCUGUUAGCCUUCAAUCUUGGCGAACCUGUGGAUUUCCUGCAUUCACACCAACCGCCACCCACCAGCCCCAUUCAGUUACCCGAUGACUCCAAGCCGCCAAUGUGGGCAAAGCUUAAGAUACAUAUCGAUUUGGUAAAUGUCAUGCUGGAAGUAAAAGACUCGAGAAUAGGAGCGUUUUCCACCAUUAAAUUCAUCGAUUCGCGCCUUGUUUACGAGAGUAAUAGUGAUGGGUCUAAAGAUGUCGACCUCGUUUCACAACAGGUUGUCAUACGAGAUACACGAUACGAUGCAUCGUCCGCAACCCAUUCAGCUACAAAGAAGAAUGUUUUCACUCAAAUCCUAGAACCCGUUACGAAAGCCCGUCGAGAAGGUUCUCUACAAGCAGAAGUUCAUUAUCGAUCAACUGAGGAUUUCACUCGAUUCACCGUAGUCCUGAACAAUAUGAGAUUGUUGGCGGUGGUUGAUUGGUGGACGCUAUUUCGUGAAUUUCUUCUUCAUAGUCCAGAUGAAUAUCGUGGAACCAACAACGAUAAAGGGAGGAAUUCCGAAGAAAGUGAUGUUAAACCUCACGCCAAAUGGACAGCAACUUCAACAAGGCCCAGUCCUAUUAUCGUUUCAACGGGAGUGAUAAGCAAACGGGCUGCUUUAAUAGAUACGCGGAAAGUGCCAGUUGAAUUUAAGAUCAACAUUUCAGACUCAGAAGUAGUCAUCAUUGAAGACACGUCUGUCAGAGAUUCUUCUGCAGUUAUUCUUAAGGGAACGGCUUUGCUGACCUACAGGCCACAAAUUCACAGCAAACCGCUAUCUUGUCAGCUAAACAGGGUUGAAAUAUUUUCCAGUCAACUAAACCUCGAAGAGGAGACAGCAUUAUCCAUCGUAGAUCCAGCCACGAUUAGCAUUGAAAUAGUUGACAAAUCGAGUGCCACAGAUGUCAAAGGCAUCUUGGACGCUACUAGCUCCGAUUUGCACCAGAUCCUUGAAGUUCAAGCGCAGCAAAUCAUUCUUCGUCUUUCGUACAACGACAUGAAACUCUUUAUGAGGAUCCUCGACAGCCUUCCACAUCAAGCUCGUCUGACAUCUGCCGAAUCGACUAUCGUCAAUGAAAUUAACAAAUUGAAAGCUCUUGGAUUCUCUACAGACGACUGCCAAACAGCUUUACGAUCUUGUAACGAUAACUUGGAAGAAGCAGCUCUUUGGUUAACGCAGAAUGCGUCGACUGUAACUGGACAACGGCAACCAGAAAUGGCUGAAAUUCAAAUCCGUGGCAUUGAAAUCAGAACGGGCUGCGUUAGCCUUUGCGUUAUUGACGAUUGUCGUGAUGCCGAUUUGCCUCUAGCAGAAAUCACGACAUCUCAGCUCCUUCUCCGUCAAUCGAUUGACGUCGCCCAAAUGACGGGAGAGGGCACUUUAACUUGUCAGUUUGCCAUCGAUUACUACAAUCGUGUUCUGUCUGGUUGGGAGCCAUUCGUCGAACCAUUCAAAUGCCAUGUACAUUGGAAUUUUCUGGCGUUUAAUGGAUCAAUUGCUAAUCGACCGAGUCAAUCCAUUUUCUUUGACACAGAAGACGUAGUAAAUCUAACUUGCACCAGAGCUUUGCUUGAACUGUUCGGAACUGUAAAAAGGAACUGGAUGGAAGAUUAUUAUGGUCAAAAUAACAAAGAAUUGUCUAGUCUGGGAGACGGUAGCAGUGUGGUCCGUCAGCGGUCUCCUUUUGUGCCUUUCGCCUUGCACAACGCUACGGGUUCGAAAAUCAAAUUCCGGACUUUAACAGCCAGUUUGUUGACCGAAGGUGCCCCGUCGGCAGCUUCCACGAAAAGCUCACGCUGGAUACAUUGCGAGGCAGGCGAUGUUGUUGCAUUUAGUUUCGAAAAUCGAGGCAAACUACGUCACCACGAUAGUCAUCAGACGCAAACUCACCAGCUUUCUAUCGAAUUGGACGGUUGGAUGGAAUUUGGCCCUGUCUCAGUCGACCGAGUUGGAGUUUACUUUCGAUAUGCGUCGGUGCACAGUUCACCCAGUAGACGCAAUACAGCGGCCGUUGAGCGAGAACUGGAACGGGUCUUGGUUGUGAUCGCUGUCACUUUGGAAGGUUCGGCUCGUCGUCUGGUAACGGUUCGUUCAGCUUUACAGGUGACCAACAACUUAGAAGAGACUGUUGAACUACGCCUAGAGCCGCCUGCUUUCAACCUCCAUCCUAGCAAAACUGUCCGUGUCCCUCCGUGCACUACUUAUCCCAUUCCUAUGUCCUAUUUAAUGUCUCAGGUAAAUACCCUCAUAGUUAACUUAGAAAUUCGUACCUUUUGCAAAGAUCCGAUUGAAUGGCAUGCGCCCACUCAAACAACUGCAAAUAUACGACAGUGCAAUCCGGUGAUUAGUAACCAAGAUUUAACCUAUCGCUUUGCUGUCGAUAUCCACCGGGAGAACUUCCCUCCAGAGAAGAUAAAUACGAAUGAUUCAGAGUGGACUGCACAGCCAGCCCAUACGAUUACGCUUCUGAGUCCGUUGGUUGUUGUUAACUUGUUACCCUACGAAUUACUAUGGGAACUCAAAGCCGUAGGGCAAAGUGGUAUCAUUAAACCUGGCAAGUCAACGUCCAUUCACACCGUUAACGUUUCCGCUGGCUUUCAAAUUGCUUUUCGAACUGAAAACUUUGUCCAUUCAAGUGACUUGGUGAUUGGAACGUCGCCUCAUAACUUUAGCACGCGUUUACGGCUCUAUGAUAGCGCCAAUCGGUUACUUCUGCUCCAGGUAAAAAUAAGUUCCAAAGCUCCCGGAUCCGUGAAGUUGUCCAUUUCGGCACCUUACUGGUUAGUUAAUAAAGCGGGAAUACCACUCAUCUUCCGACAAGAGGGAGUUCAGCAAGAAGCAGCAGGCCAAUUUGACGAGCACGAGAUGGCUCGCUCUCUCUCACCGAUGCUGUUCUCUUUCACGGACAGAGAGGCUAGCCACUCACUGACAGCCCGUAUUGGAAACGGGCUGCAUCUUGGUUGUAAGCCACAUUGGUGUCAGCAUUUCCCUCUACAGAAAGGAGUCCGAGUCCGCAGUUUUCUGGUCUCGCCUCGAGAUGGUCGUCCGGAAUUGGUUUACCUCGUUGGGAUUUCAAUACGUUCAGGCCGUGGCCGAUAUCGAGACACCCAAAUUGUUACUUUAGCACCGUGCUACCAGCUUUAUAAUCAAUCGAGUUGGACACUGGAGGUGUCUCAAGCUUAUUUCGCCACCACCUUUACCGAUCCUGGAGCCCAGUCAACUUAUCUAAAUUUAGUUCCUGGCUGCCAUUUACCAUUUCAUUGGCCCCGUUUGGACAAAGAUCAGCUGCUCUGUGUCCGGCUGUUAGACGUGAAAAACUGCCAUUGGUCGGGAGGUUUUGCCAUUCAAAACAUCAGCUCGUUCCAUAUCAACAUACGUGACGGCGAAAGCCGUGCAAAUUUUCUUCGCGUUGAGAUAUUUCAACAAGAGUGUACUUUCUGCGUCGUUUUCAGCGAUGCAACUGGCUUUCCUCCGCCACUCAGAGUCGACAACUUGGCCCUAGUUCCAAUUAUUUUUCAUCAAUCUGAUGUACCAGAAGCGUAUUUGCAUACUACUGUCCGGCCGGGUAGUUCAAUGCCAUACGUUUUCGAUGAACCCACAAAACCUGCCCGUCUCAAUAUCAUUGCUCCUGGUGGGGCCUCGUCCUCCUAUGAUAUGACGACACUAAAAGAAGGAAGUCAGCUAACCUAUGAAAACUUCAUUUACGUGUGCCUUACAGUUACGUUUAACGGUGACGACAUGUCGACUGGCAAUGCGCUCGAUCCUAACAACGUUGAGCUAGUCCUUGACGUGCCAGAAGGUACGCGGGUUGUACUGAGUGGCAAAGAAACUGGAAAGCGUUCCCAGCUUUGGCGAAUGACGGGAAGUGGAAUGUUGCAACACGAAGGAAGCAGUCCACCGCGAGAUCCAUCUAAUCCUCAGAUUGAUCCAUCGCGCAUACUUGUUUUGGACAUAGCUGGUCCCGCGCUUCAGCCGAGCGAGUUUGUUCAUCUUAUGCUACGGAAACCAGAUCCUCGACGGCAAUUGACCCAGACAUGGCACUUCACAGAAGAUGGACGCCUUUGUUGUGGUCAUAGCAACGUUUUCGUUCAAGCGAAGGAUGGCUUUUACGGCAUCCGACAAGGGAAUGACGUUGUUUUGGGCCCAGCUCAGUCUGUGACAUACUACCGACUGCCCAGUGGAAUCCCUGCGGAACAGGCGAUACACUGGCAACGGCUUCGACCCGGUUCCGGUUGCUUGAGUGUUAAGACCAUCAUGGACGGCCCAACGAGGGUACUUCAAGUUGCUGAUUUUCUCAACAAACCCUCGCAUUGUCAUUCGAAUGAAAAUUCUGUCACGGCCUCCACCGAUGCGGAGAAGACCAGCAAUAAACAGUUGAAGGUGGAAAUGAAGUUCAAAGGAGGCUUGGGCCUCAGCAUCGUCAACCAUUCACCUCCCGAGGAGCUGGCCUAUUGCCGAUUGUCAAACAUAUCCCUAGAACUCAUCACCGGGGAUGGCACGCUUAGCAUAGAUGCCAGUGUCCAGUCCAUUCAGAUAGAUGACAGUCUGCAGGAUCCGCAUUGUCCCGUUGUUGUCUACGUCUCUCCAUCUGUCAAUCAGGAUGAAUCGAAGGAUAUGCCUGCCCUUCGCUUAACUGUUCAUCGCCAAUUGACUAGCCGUCUCAACGCUGAUAUCUUCAAGAAUUUGAUAGUGACUUUCAAGAACUUGACUAUCAACAUAGAAGAGAACCAAUUAUUCAAGCUUCUUGCAUUUGCGGGAUUCAACCAAUCUGAUCUUGAAUUGGAGAGAAUAGACGAGAGCGAAUACGAAUCCCAACGAUCACUUAACGCUGCUACUUCAAUCGAUGCCAAACGAUACUACUUUGGCAUAUUGAAAUUAGUACUCGAGCAGGUGCGUCUGAGUGUUUACACUUCAAGCAAGCUACCACCAGAACUUAAAGCUAUUAAGCGGAAGUUAGGUUUGACUUUAAUCAAAUUUGAAGAUGCCAAUAUAGAACUACAUCCCUUCAUCCGAUCGCAUCCUUUUGAAACGGCGCAGUUAAUUAUCGAUUCGGUUGUCAAACAUUACAAAGACGAGUUGAAAUCGCAAGCCGCAAGAAUUUUAGGUUCGACCGAUUUUCUUGGUAAUCCACUGGGUUUCGUGAACGACGUGAGUGAAGGUGUUUCAGGAUUUCUGUAUGAAGGCAAUUGGGGUGGUCUUGUUCAGAACGUUACGUUUGGAUUAUCAAAUUCUGCUGCCAAAGUCACGGGAUCGCUAUCUGAUGGACUUGGUCGGGUUACAAUGGAUGAAAGACACGAAGAAGUCCGGCAACGUCUCUUAAAGCACACAGGACAAAGUUCUGACCAUCUAGUCGCCGGCUUGAAAGGAUUUGGUUUUGGAAUACUUGGCGGCAUGACUUCCAUUUUCACUCAGACUUACGAGGGUAUUUCUAAUGAAGGAUUAGGCGGUCUCUUCACUGGUUUCGGUAAAGGUUUGAUGGGAACGGUAACCAAACCAGCAGUUGGAGUGCUGGACUUGGCCACUGGAGCAGCCUCUGCUGUUCGUGAUUCAAGCCGCAGUUCAUCAAGAGAAAUCCCUAGAAGAAUUCGUCCACCUCGUUUAGUUAUAGGACCAGGGGGUAUUGUUCCUCGUUAUUCGGAGAAGCAGGGCCGUGGACAGGAGCUUCUCUUCCAGCUUAACCACCAUGAAUAUCGGGAAACUUUCAUUGCAUAUGAAGCGCUUGGAAGUUUACCAGAGAGUUUGCACAUGUUGAUUUCGAGCGAGCACAUUCGAGUGUUUAGUAUGAAUAGUCCCAACAAGGAAGUCGUUCUUGACAUUCAUCUGUCGGAACUCCAAAGCUGUAAAUCGGUAGUCAUAAAAGAUUUUGGCACACAGAGCACAGCGCACUACUAUGUCGAGCUCAGUUUGCUUUUGGAACCGGACAAUCCACUCGGCGCACGACGGCCACAAGUUCGCUGCGAUUCCGAAUCGCUCGCGAAACGAGUGACUCAAGAAAUCAAUUAUGCCAAGAGUGUGUACGAAGAAAAUCGUCAUUCGCUGGUAUCGUCGCCGAAGUUUUCCCCUUAGUUGCUCACGCUUAGUCUCUGUUUUUCAUACCUUCAGGUAUGGAAUUAUUUGUUUAUCUUAAUUUUCACAGCAAAAGGUGUAAAGGUAAUUACUUCUUUAAACGGAAGUGUAUUAACAAGGCUACAUGUUGCAUAAUGCUUAAUAUUCAUCUGCUAUGUGGUACUUGCAGGAACAAGGGCUGAAUGUGAUCUAAACGAUUCAACUCGUAUAAAUAAAAACUUGGUAAUACUUUUA